ACAGUUCCCACACAGAUAGUCAGAGCUCUUUCAUGCAAAGCUCUCUUUUUAGUUCCUCAAACUACCAUUUGUGUUUUCUUUUCUUUUCUGUUUAGGAUAUCUUUCCCUUUGAUUCGUUUAGGAUUCGUGGUGUACAAGGGAUUUUUGUCUCCCCUGUCAGCUUUCUCAAAAUUCCCUCGCUUUCCAGCCCCUUGCAAACUUUUCCGAGCGUCCAAACACCAUGUCCGCCAAAGAAUCUUAGACCAUUUUUUUCCCUUCGCAGCGAUCGUUGCCACUUCCCGCUUGAAAGUCCGAACGGUUUUGGCAAUUCCACAGCAACACGGCCCGUCCUAUCCCUUUCUGCAAUACCGUGCAAUUCCCACUCUGUGGGCUCUCUCUGUUCCAGUCCCGGUUUCUCCGGUGCACGUUAGCAUUUUUCUUGUUCACGUUAGUAUUUUCCCUUGGAAUUUUCCAGAAAGAAAUUAGAAAAAAAUAAUCACCAUCUUUCCGAUUAAGAAAGGGUAGUAUUGGGAAAGUUUUCUGGGUGACUUUCUGUAACUUGUCGGAGUGGUUGCCCACAAAAAGUUCAUAAAAUUUUAAAAAUUCAGAAAAAAAUCCUAAAAAGAAGCAAACCCAUUUAAACAAAUAAAUAAAGCGAAACAGUUCCAUUUUUCCUCUUUAUACACAAUCUCUUUCGCAAAUGUAUUUAUUUUUAUAUCCAUUUAUAUCCAUUUGUUACGGUUCAGACAGAGAGAGAGAGAGAGAGAUAGGGUGGCAAAGCCCAAAGAAGCUUCACUUUUUUUCGUCUUCAUGAUCAUCACCAACACCAUCUCCUUUUACACUCUGUAUCCCUGAGACUCUGUUCUAAACAGCUUCUUCUUCUUCCUCUUCUUAGGCAUUUUGGGCUUUUGUAAGUGUUUAUAACUGUAAACUUAAGCUCUGGUGAAGCUUUGAUGUCUGUGCCUUUGGAGCAUGAUUACAUAGGCUUAUCGGAGGCUCCUCCUUCAAUGGAAGGCUCUGAGAGGACCAGUGGUGGCUUGAACCACAAGGCGACUGAGUUAAGACUUGGCCUGCCCGGCUCCGACUCACCCGAAAGAGAUAAGGGCGUGGUGGCAGAGGACAAGGCCGGGUACCCGCUUGGGGUGCUGAAGAGCUUGUCAGUGGUGUCUGGUGCGAAGAGGGGCUUCUCUGACGCCAUUGAUGGAGGCUCUGGGAAGUGGGUUUUCUCUGGGAGUGGCGGAUCUGAGGCCGAGUCGGGUAAAGGUGGCAACUUGUUCUCUCCCAGAGGUGUUAAUGGCGGAGGGAAAGGUGGUCUUGUGGGUGGGUCCGAGGGUGCAAAUCAGAAUACGGGUUUGGGCGGUCCGAUUCUGAAAGAUGGUGUUGUUCCUCAGUCACCUAAGCCGUCGCAGGAGAAGAAGCCCCAGCUCUCUGCUCCUGCGGCAAAGGCACAAGUUGUUGGAUGGCCACCAAUUCGUUCUUACCGGAAGAAUUCAAUGGCGUCUCAUCCUCCAAAGAAUGAAGAUGACACAGAGGGCAAGCUGGGAUCUGGAUGUCUUUAUGUCAAGGUCAGCAUGGAUGGUGCUCCGUACCUAAGAAAAGUUGAUCUCAAAACUUACGGUAGCUAUAGGGAACUCUCUUCUGCGCUGGAAAAGAUGUUCAGCUGCUUUACAAUUGGUCAGUGUGGCUCACAUGGAGUUCCCAGCAGAGAUGGAUUGAGUGAGAGUCGGUUAAUGGACCUCCUCCAUGGUUCUGAAUAUGUACUCACCUAUGAAGACAAGGAUGGUGAUUGGAUGUUAGUUGGUGAUGUUCCCUGGGAGAUGUUCACUGACUCUUGUAAGAGGAUGAGGAUCAUGAAGAGUUCUGAGGCUAUUGGGCUAGCACCAAGGGCAAUGGAGAAGUGUAAAAACCGCCACUAGUGCAACACUACCGCAGUAUGCAUCCUACGUUCCAGUUAAGCAUAUGAUGUUGGAAGAGGUUUCUAUCGAGACGCAGAAAGCCAUGAACGGGUCUUGAAAUUAGGCCCACCCUUUCCCUUUUAUUUAUGGUUCUUAAUAUUGAAGAUUGUAUUGGAAAAACAAUGUAGUUAACAAAGAUAUAUCAUCCCUAGAUGGUUCCAGGUUUCUUAGGUUUGCUCCUUCUCAUGUCUCUUGCUGUCGGUGUAAUAUGAUUGCUGUUUGUUAAGGUCACACUAUUAUGUAUAUUGUUUGUUCUCUGUA